UCUAACUGUGAUGGUUGGCGGUGUUAGCGACUGCCUUUGAAGAUAAAUUUCAAUUCGAAUUUAAUGUUUAUACUUUUAAUGAUUUUAAAUAAUUUUAAUUCUUUAUCAAUACUCUUAGUUGAUUGUUUAAAUACUGUCUAGAUAAAAAGUAGUUUUCUGAUGAUUUUUAUUUAGUGUUUCUAUAUACAAAAUCUUUAGACAUAUAGAACUGAUAAAGAUAAUGAAGCUCCUAAUACUAUUUUUCACACUUUGCCUAAGCAACAUCAAUGCCUACAACAUACUGGGCUUGUUUCCACACCCAGGUGUUAGCCAUUUCCACUUCUUCCAUCCUAUUAUGCGGGCAUUGGCUGAAGCUGGCCACGAUGUCACAGUGAUCAGUCAUUUUCCUGAUAAAAGUCCACCGGCUCACUAUAAAGAUUUGGUACUAACCGGUGUGGAGACUCUAUCGAACUCUAUUAACUUGCAGUUGUUUGAGAAUCGACCGAUCUACAGUCAUUUUCUUGAAUUCUUUUUACUUCACGAAUGGGGAAAAGAAGCCUGCAAUCAUACGAUCAAGUCUCCGGCGUUAGCUCAAGUUCUUAAACAUAAAAAUCGCUAUGACGUUAUCAUCAUGGAGCAAUUUAAUACAGAUUGUCUAAUGGGCGUGGCACACGUCCUCAAGGCACCUGUUAUAGCACUAAGCAGUUGUGCUCUUAUGCCAUGGCAUUACGAGCGAUUCGGGAAUCCAAUUAUUCCCUCAUAUAUUCCUGCUUUAUUUAUGGGUCAAGCUGAGAAAAUGGACUUUUUAAGUCGUGUUGGUAACUGGAUUUCUUUUCAUGGACUUAACUUCCUUUAUAACCACUAUUCGCACAAAACCGCUACAGAGUUGAUUCGUAGAAAAUUUGGACACGAUAUGCCAUCAACUGAGGAACUAGUCAAAGAAACUAGCUUAGUUUUUGUGAAUCAACAUUAUGCCUUAAGUGGUUCCAAACCUCUGUCACCAUCAGUCAUCGAACUCGGAGGAGUUCACAUUCAAAAGGCCAGACCAUUGGAUGCUGAUGUCCAACGCUAUCUAGAUAAUGCCACUGAUGGAGUUGUUCUGAUAAGCUGGGGUUCAAUGAUUAAGGCAGAUACUUUGCCAGCAGCUAAACGUGAUGGAAUUGUUAAGGCCUUGAAGCGAUUGAAACAAAAGGUCGUUUGGAAAUGGGAGAACGAUACACUAGCCCAACAACCACCGAAUGUCCUUGUUAUGAAAUGGUUGCCUCAAAGAGAGAUAUUGUGUCAUCCAAAUGUUAAGGUCUUCAUGACUCAUGCUGGCCUGAUGGGUAGUACCGAAGCGGCUUAUUGUGGAGUGCCUGUGGUGGCAACACCAAUGUAUGGUGAUCAGUUUCUUAACGCUGCUGCCUUGGCCCAUCGAGGAAUGGGUACAAUUUUAAAGUAUGAAGAUAUUACGGAAGCCACCGUGGUGAAAGCAAUUCGUUUGGUCCUUGAAAAGCCAUUCCUGGAUAAUGCAAAGAAGGUGUCCUAUGCAUUUAGGAACCGUCCCAGAACUGCAAAGGAAACAGCUGUUUGGUGGGUGGAACACGUUAUCAAAACACGCGGUGCCCCUCUGACGAAAUCGGUGUCAAGACAUAUGUCCCGAUUUGUAUAUUAUUCCCUGGACGUUUACACUUUAUUUGCAUCCGUGAUCUUAAUUUCACUCUUAACAUGGAUUUGGCUUAUGGUCAAAAUAUGCUCCUUGAAGAAACAACAAGAGAAAAUCAAAUCAAGUUAAUAAACAAUGUUUGAUUUUAAACUUGAUAGAAAAUUCAAACUACUUUAUUUUUUUAUUUAUCAACCAAAAACAAAAAACAUAAGGCUGAUAUUCUUUUCUAUUAUAAACCUUUUAAGGCUAUGAAAUAAGAACAGUUACAUUGUUAUGUUUAUAAUCAAUUUAGUAUAACAUACUGUCAUAUAUGAAAUUUUGUUAAAUAAGACAAUAUUUAUUCUAGCUCUAGUUUUUAUUAACGAACCAAUAAACGCCUUUGACGCAGAAGUUAA